AUGCCUUCAAAAGCGCUGACUACCAUUCCACACGAACACUACCUCAUGACUGCAUUCUAUGUUGACUUUGAAAAUUUUGUCAUGCCUCCUGUGUCUGAGACGUUGAUCCUUGUUGACAACUUGCCACUCGAUGUAAACUACCAAAACUUGAGUCGAGACAUUGAGCAAAUGUUCAAAAAUGGCAAAGGAAAAGUGAUGUACAUCAUCAACAAAACUGCUCUGGUGUGCUUCCCCUCCUGGGAAGCUGCUUUCAGAUCAAAAGUAAGGUUUUAUAAUGAAUGCUUGCAUGGAAGAAGAAUAAAAAUCCAUCUACUGGUUGGAGUGGACAAGAACAAGUUGCUCCUGAAUAUGUUUGAGCAAUCAUUACUAAGUGGAAGCACAUUAAUUAAUGGUAGUGCCUUCUGUAAUGCUGAGAUAGAAAAUCAUUACUACAAUCCAAAAGUUGUUGCCAAUUUCAAAAAGAAUUUGCAACUUCAGUUAGAGUACUUACAAAAUAAAGUGCUUCCAAAGUCCAUUAGGGAUUCCCCAUUUUGGAAUUUUGGGUUAACAAGUUUAACAAAAGACGUUGAUUUCGGUGGGGAUGAUGGAGACAAUGUAAAGAAAACAUACCCCCAUCAAAGCUCGUUAGAUCUUGUUCAUGAGAAUGAAAAUGGGAAAAAUACUAUUUCUCACAUCAAUAAUAUUAAAGAUGUCAUUUCAAAUUCUGCAGCAAACAAAUUUGUUGUGGCCCAAGUUUUGUCACUGAACAACAGCUUAAAACAACACACAGCUGACACCAACAGCACUGCCCCCGACACUGCAUUCAGUGAGAAAGUUAACCAACAACAAAAUUAUAAAAACAAGGUUAGCAACAACAACAACAUUACACAAAAUAGUAAAGUGAAUUCGCCAAGAAAUUUAAAUAUGGAUGAUUCUGGUUACCCAUCCGGUUCUGCGGAAUCCAACUCAACCACGUGUAACACAAAACCCUACAGACAGGCGGUGACCUCAUCUCAAACUACUUCAUCUACUGCCGUAGUAUCAUUGGCUCAUUUCCACCAUCAUUUCAGUCACCACAAUUUAUCUCCUCGCUCGUUUUAUAGUGCCGGAAAUGGAAACAGUGCUGCAUUCCGGAGAACUCCAGGAGCUCGUCGACCUGCAUUGCAACAGCAGCAGUAUCUCGGUUUGAAUGGCAACAAUACUAUUGAAAAACUGGGUCAUUUGAAACCUCAGCCAUUAUUCUCCAGAUUGAGUUCAAAUGCUGGUGAUGUGGCUGGAAUAAAAUUUAAAAAAGGUAAAGACUAUUCAACUGUCUUCACAGAGAGAUCCCCAAUGAGAAAUGGUGAUAAGAAUUCCAAGUCGAUCAGUAGCAGCAACCUUAUUUGCACUGGCUCGAAGGAGUGCUAUCACAGCAACAAUGUUGCUGUAGGAGGAAUCAAGAAGGGUGCAAGCAGUUCAGCUGGAAUCAAUCUUGUGGUAUCUAAUCUGGAUUACAACAUCAGCACACAUGAAUGGAAGAAGAUUUUAAGUUCGGAAUUUCAGAAUGUGCAGGUGAAUUCUCUGGCAGUUCAGAUGCAGGCGAACAACACGAGUAUUGCCACUGUGAAUGUUGCCUCUCUCGAAGACGCAAGAUACAUAGUCUCACAGUUUCACAGAAAGAAGAUUGGAUACAAGAGGAUUCAUGUGGCUAUCUUGAAUUCUGAAUCAACUGCUGUAACAUCUCCACAAAAUACCAUCAAGUCUGAUAUUGUAAGUCUACUAAGUUCCAUUCCUGGCAAACGACUGCCACUCUUCCAAUUCUUUGAACUUUUUGAGAAAAGAUACCAGAAGAACAUUAGCAUACUUGAUCUGCAGAACUUGCGAGAUUAUGUGAGGAUUACUGAUCAGGAAGGCUUAGGCAAGGUCGUCUUGUUGAAAGCAUCAGCAGACGCAUGUAGCAACAGCAGCCACUGCAACCAUAAUAACGCCCACAACAAAGAUGCUCAUAAUCACAAUUAUGUUUCUACACCUGCUUGUGCCGAUGUUGGUGGCUCGUGUAACGAAUUGGAGAAUGGAAUCAAUCGUCAAGAGUCUGCAUUACUAGCCGCAACGACCUUGCCAGUAUAUUGCCAAAGAAAAUGUUGCGAACAUACAGACAGAUUAGCCUGGAUUCAUAUCGACAUGAGCCUUGAUCCCAAGGUCAAACUUCUUCUUCGUAGUUUCUCCUCUCAGCUGCACAAGUUGCUUCAAUGCCAUGAGGGAAGUAUGCCUCUGAACAGUUUUCCAGCUUGUUAUGCUCGUGAAUUCUCGCCUCUGAGCCUGGAGGUGUCGGGAGAAGGUGUGUCCCUGGAGCAUUUGAUUACGUGUGUGCAAGGAGUAGAAGUCACCGUCGUCAUGACAACUGGGGUGAAGAAGAUACAGUGGGCUGAGAAGAGGUCCACAUCUCCCAUUGAUGGAGUGAACACUGCUUGGCUGAGCCCUCAGUUGGACGAGCCUCUGACACAAGUGGGCCAUGAACUCACUGAACUAAUCAAAAGUCAACCUGAUUGUGUUGUGCAGUUGAAUUCAUUCAGUGCAUGCUACCAACGUUACUUCGGCAGACAGUUCAGGUGCUCAGAUUUUGGAUGUGCUGAUAUUUAUGAAUUGGUUCAGUCACUGUCUCAUGUUAUUCAGAUUCUUGGAUCGGGUCCCAGCAGCUGUUUGACACUGACCCACAGAGCACAGGUUAAGAGAUUUUCAUCGACAUUGCUGAGGAUUUUGAAAUGUCAGCCAACCAAAUCUUUAAAUGUGGAAGAACUUUCAGAUGCAUAUUCUAAAGUCUUGGAUCGUUCCUUGAACAUAACAGAGUAUGGUGUCUGCUAUGUGGAGGAUCUACUCAUUGAGUUACCGGACGCACUCAUCAUGAUAAUAAGAAAUGAACAGGGUAUUAUUUUAUCCAUGCCGAGAAAAGAAAAACUUGAAGAGGAUUCGCCAUCUAUAAAAGUUUUCAUUAAGAGGUACUCGGACCUGCUGAGUGUCUCUGAAAAUUAUCAACUUUCAACUUUUGAACUGGAAAGUGCUUUUGAAAAGAAGUACAAGUACAAACUCGAUGUCACAAACACUGGAAUGAAUUUGCUCGAAAUAUUUGAAGCACUGCCCGAAUACUUCAAGAUAGUUGAAAGUAACGGUGCAAAAUAUAUAAGCCUUUCAAACUGCCAAAUGAUUCAAGUGGCGGAGGAAGAGUUUGACAGGGUAAUCGAGGAUGUGCUCAACAGAAGUGGCAGAUUUGCACUUACCUUCAAUGAUUUUUUGAGUGCAUACAGCGACAUCUUUCAACGUCCGCUCAAGUUGUCUGCCUUCGGAGUUCACAGCAUCUCUGCACUUGUCUCUAAGAUGUCUGGCAACAUUUUGGUUGAAAGAAGAGGCAAUCAGAAUCUGUUAACAAGCAAAAAAUAUUUGCAUAGAAAGUCGGCCAUUACAUCAAAACUCCAGCACGCUCUUCCAAUAAAUAGCAAGAAGAGAUCUGACAAGUCGGCACUUGGUGAUGCUGAUGAUGUGGACAGCAAGUGCUUGAAUGUUCUCCUCCUUAUCAUGGAGUUCUCUGAUGGAAGUGUGGCCUUUGACCAUUUACAAGCCUUGUAUAAUUUUCAUUACAAGCGUGGUGGGAGGAAUGAGGAGCUGACCAUUGAGUACCUGGCCAGGCACAUGGCAGAUUACGUGACCAUCUCCAAGAUAUUAUAUCAGGGGCCCACAUUACGUUCGUCAUCAUCUCCGUCACCACCAUUUGAGACACUUGUAAAGUUGACUCCGGCCCAGAUGUUUGCCAGAGACAUACGUCUGAUGCUGCUGAACAUCCCAGAACAGCAGACACCCAUGUCUCAAUUGGAGGACGAAUAUAGGAACUUCUUCAAGGUUUCUUUGAUUCCCGCUUCCUAUGGACAGCAGAGUUUGGCCUCGUUGAUCCGCUCCAUCUCUCAUGUCGUCACUUUUGACGGUCGACUUUCAAACUGGAAUGUCUGUCUCAGACCACAUUUCAGGAAGCAUUUGGACAAAAGCAACAGUGCUCUUAAUACAAAACCAAAUGACAAUCUUGACGAUACUGCACGCCACUCUUUUGUUGUAGAUGCCAGAGCCAGUUCCAACUCAUGUGUAGAAAGCUUUAAUGGCAGCAAGGUGCACAACAACAGUGACAUAAGUGCCACCAUGAACAAGGGCAUAAUUAGGAAGGAUUUGAACAACACAGUCACCAAUGUCAACAACAGAAACAUUUUCAUCAACGACUUCAAGGACUUGCUGUCUGGUCCAGUGCCUUCUUGCAUCCCAUCACCCAUCUUAGAACCGCAAUACAAUACACAGUCGUUCAUGAAAUUAGAAUCUAAAAAAUCUAUGCAAGAUUUGUUGACACUGACACAAGAUGAAAAAAAAGGUCUUAAAACUCCACUCUGUCGAACUCCUGUUUCUGAACUUCUUGCAUUUGCAGCACAACUCCUGCCCUCUGAUGUCUUCAGACAGUCGGGUCUUGAGGAAAGAAGUACAACAAAAUUUGAUAAAGUUGAAAAUAUUUUUAAGAAUAAAGAUUUCAAACUCGAUGGAAAUGACUUGUCGACCGCUCAAAAAUGGAACUUUCCACGUUCACAAACAGUUAAUUUUUAUUCGAAAUUUAACAACCUUCCCGGCUGUAAAGGAAAUGCAGAUAAUUCUACUGAGGCACAAAUUUCUUGUCGGUGGCCCAUAAAGUCACAUCAUUUUGCAGGAUUUUCUGAUCCCACUCCAUUAAAUUCUAAUGUUGAUUUCCGCUACCAACCGCUCUUCAAUAGAAUUGUAAGUCAUAAUAACUUCUGUCUCGAUGACUCAUUCUUGAAUGACCAUCUCAACAACAAAUUCGGGUUGACUAGAAAUGUAAACAGGCGUUUUAGCUUGAUUGACAGCAUAAAUCUUUUCUCAAUGGAGAAAACAAGUGCGCAACAUUCAGAAGACGAAAAUCAACAUCUACACACACCUCCAGCCAUAAAAUCCUUAUUGAAUGAUAAUACCAACGAACAAUGUUUUCGAUUUUUACCAAACGACAAACAAUCGACUCCUAACAUUAAGUUGAUAGCUGCUGGUGAUCUGUCUCGAGCCAGCUGCACUCAUCUGCAGAACAGUCUACCGCAGCCUGUCCUCCACAAUCAAUCAUGUAGCAGCGCCUCUCAACUAACUGUUGAUAAAACAGCGAAUAGCCUGCAACGUGUCGACAAACUUUCUCAAAUCGACAGUAAAAAUCGACAAUUCGUCAAUGAAGCCUUACUCAGAAAAGAUGAAGUUUUGCCACUUCAACUAGAAUGCAACACUCAUCGUCAUGAUAUUACAUUACGUGGAUCGAACAUCACACAACACUGCAGUACCGUGGAAUCUAGCGAAAUUGAACGCCAGCAUGCUGCUGUUGACGCCAUAUUUCAAAGUGAUAUUAUUUUGCUACCUCACAACAACGCUUCACAAAACUGUUGUUCUCCACAACGUAACGAUCUCGUUCCACACUUCAGCAACACUGCACAACGUAAUAACAAAACUUCUGAUCAACAGAACACUCCAAAACAACAUUACAACACUCCAACUCGUCACUGCAACAUACCACGUGAAAGCAGUAACACACCACAACAUAGCAACAACAUCUCACAACACGGCAACAACGGCAUUUCACAACAUGUCAACCAAUCACCACAUGCUGGCUGCUUCACACCCCAGAGUUUCAACAAAGGCAGUUCAUCCGUCACUAAAUUGUCUGACGGCUCUGCUAAAAGAUCUCGAAUAGUCGCUAAUUUUAAUUUGUCGGCGUCAUCUUAGAUAUAAAAAUCCAUUUUUUCGAAGAUAUUUUAUGUUUUUCUUGGAUUUAUUUUUUUUCUAGCGUAUUGUAUCAUCAACGGUGAUAUUAAAUGCCAAGUCAUAUCUUAAACAGUAUCAUGUCUGGAUGGGUGUCUGCAU